AUGAUCGCCGCGCUCGCCCCGCCCCUCGCAACGGCAACCCCCUAUCAACUGGUCAAGUUUGCAAAUCUCACUCUGGGCCAUACUAUUCAACCAUCUUGGACACAUCUACCCAUGGAAUCCUCAUCGGCUGCGCAGCUACAUAGGGACUCCAGCUAUUCUUCACUCGCGAAGGCCACCCAGCUAGCCCCUGGCAUCUACAGCGUUCGCCAGCUGGUCGUCAGCGCCAGCCCCCUCCUCGAUGCCAUCGUCGCUCGGCUGGGUCAAGAUCCUCCGGCCGAACCACCGGCUCGAUCAGUGCUUGUGAAUGGUCUUGCCGCAUCGUUGGCCACGAGCGGCCGAGAGUCGACCUUGCCCCUGUCGCACUCGCCUCAAGACGCCGCUCGCAGAGAAAUUGUCUCCCAAUCGAAUCGAAUCGCCGAAACCAUCAUAAACCAUGUUCAUGCAAAUGCUAGGGUGUACACGGGCAGUCACGACAUCCGCUUCAGGAGCCCUUGCGAGGGCCAUCUGUGGACCCCAUCGGUCGCCGCGCUCCUCCUAGGGCCCCGAAGCGACUCUCAUCUGAUGGAGCUCUACAACGAGUGGCUCCAUCGCAUGAUCCUCCUAAGGGACAGCCUUCUGCCGUUCGAGAAUUACGAAGAAGUUCCCCUGGUCAUCCCGGAUAGUUCGAGCCGGGGCCUAAGAGAUCUCGAGGAGCCUCGCAAGUUUUUCCUUGUCCGGUGCCUGACCGGGGCCGUUCAACACAUCGCGAUUGUCGACUUGGCAAAGGUCUUCACAGCCAGACAACUUCCUCGUGGUGGUUACGGCUUUCAGUAUUCCCAAGGCGUAAUCCUGCCAGCUUUUCUGUCCGGGUCUAGGUCGCUGCACUUGCUACGCUAUCACCCGGCCCGAUUCUACAAGUCUGAGCCUGACGUGCUCUUCGAUUACGAACACCAGGAGUAUGUCAACGCUCCACGGUCGGAGCUGGCGGCUUCCAAGGACACUUCUGGGACAGAGACUGUAUUGUCCAACGGCAGAUGGAACCUCAGCUCCCUGCUUGCUGUGGACACACGCGUGACAGAGUCUUCUCUGGACAUCGAUGCGGGAAACGACGCUCUGCGCCGCGUCGUCAAGCUGAGACUGACGCUUGACUCUGGCGUAUGCGUGUCCGUCGAUCUGGGGCAAAUCACACGAGGCCGCCGUUAUGCAUACGACGUUCGAUCGGAGAAGAGGCUCAAUGGCUCCGCCACCGAACAAAACGGCGAAUCAGAGAAACGAGCUCUGCAGGCAAAUGGCGUGUCGAGCGGCGCGAUCAUAAAUGGCAAUCAGCCGGUCGGACUUGUUCACAGCACGAUUGACAUUUUGACCUCCCCUGGCCUAGUCAUCUCUCCUCGAGCGCAAGCUGGACGCGGAAACCUGGUGCACGUCAUCCCAGCUGCCGACCCUGUCAUCAAGCUGGCUCUACUUGGGAAGCUGUACCCAGAGAAUGUCAUACUUCUGCGAGAACAGGAUGACUUGAGCGCAUUGAGCAAGGCUGGAAAGGGAUUUUCCCAGAAAUUUGUUAUACUGGAGCAAAGUCCAGCGGCUGCAUGA